UCUCAAGGUACCACUCUGUCAUAGUUUAACCGAAAAACAAUAUUAGUCAGUGAAACUUGAAACAAAGUUUUGGCUUGCGAAGUCAUUUUUUCAGGUAGCUAUUAUGUUCAAGGGACUGGUGUUGGGUAGUAGUAAUUCUCAAAGCGAAUACGUUGCCCAAUUAGAAGACGCAGUCUCAUCUCUUCAGAAGAAAUUGCAGAAGUAUGAGAAGAAAUUGAAAGAUUUGGUUGUCGCGUACAGAUCGGUGUGCGAAGAAAGAGAUGCUCUUUCGCAGGUCAUUAGCUCCACGCCUGGUGCAAUAACGGCGGACAAAUGCUGCCCGAACAAAGAAACUGUAAAUUCUAAUCAGGAAGCAGAUGCAUUGCCAGAAGAACGACCUGGCUCGGCUGCCAGUGAAGCAAGCUCGGAAAAGUCUUCGAUCGCAGAUCGAGCGAUGUCGCCAAAACCAUCAGAAAACAGCUCGGUCGAACCAGAUGCAAAUGCUAAUAGACUAGCAUCCCUCACAAACGCUUUUAACCUCUUGUCGAAAGAAAAAACACGCCUUGAAGAAGCCUUCGUCAAAGAUAAAAAAGCAAUGAGAGAAGAAUUUGACAAUAGUAUAAGUGAACUAAGCAAUAGAUUAGAAGACAUGAAUUCCUUAAAUGAAAAGUUGGAAAAACAAAUCCAAGAACUGAAAACAAAAGUUAGGGAGCAGCAAUUCUCAUUGGAUGAGCAAAAUGAAACAAGUUCAAUAAUGUUGAAAGAGCUACAAUUGUUGCUUGCAGAGGAACGCCAUAAGGUUUCAAAGCAGCAUUCGCGGAUAACUGAUCUUGAAAAUACUUUGUCAAACGAACGUGCAUUAAAAGCAGAGGCUCUGAAGUAUCAGUCGAAAGUAGCGUCGCUGGAAAAAGAACUAGAGGAUGUAGCCGUUAGGCUUAAAUCUUCGGAAAAUAAAGCAAACGAGACGCCACAAAUGAUAACUGAAAUGCAAAAAGAAAUACAAGAAGUCAGAGCUUCUAACAAAGUGGCGCUUCUGGCAGAACAGAAAAAAGCACGAGAGGCGGAACUGCGCGCACAGUCAGUGGAGGAAAACGCUGAAGAGCGGAUAUGCAAUUUAGAAUCGAAACUGUCGCAAUUCACUGAUACUUUAUCACAUUAUGAAUCUGGUCGGGUUGAGAGUAACAGAGGAGUGUUGCAAACCGAGCAGAAGUAUAUUGGAAAGUGGAGAGAAGCGAUCGAGGCGGAAAUGAACAUCCGGCAUAGUCAAACUUAUCGUAGACCGUCGGGAGCGCGAUUUUUGUCAGUGAAACUUGAAACAAAGUUUUGGCUUGCGAAGUCAUUUUUUCAGGUAGCUAUUAUGUUCAAGGGACUGGUGUUGGGUAGUAGUAAUUCUCAAAGCGAAUACGUUGCCCAAUUAGAAGACGCAGUCUCAUCUCUUCAGAAGAAAUUGCAGAAGUAUGAGAAGAAAUUGAAAGAUUUGGUUGUCGCGUACAGAUCGGUGUGCGAAGAAAGAGAUGCUCUUUCGCAGGUCAUUAGCUCCACGCCUGGUGCAAUAACGGCGGACAAAUGCUGCCCGAACAAAGAAACUGUAAAUUCUAAUCAGGAAGCAGAUGCAUUGCCAGAAGAACGACCUGGCUCGGCUGCCAGUGAAGCAAGCUCGGAAAAGUCUUCGAUCGCAGAUCGAGCGAUGUCGCCAAAACCAUCAGAAAACAGCUCGGUCGAACCAGAUGCAAAUGCUAAUAGACUAGCAUCCCUCACAAACGCUUUUAACCUCUUGUCGAAAGAAAAAACACGCCUUGAAGAAGCCUUCGUCAAAGAUAAAAAAGCAAUGAGAGAAGAAUUUGACAAUAGUAUAAGUGAACUAAGCAAUAGAUUAGAAGACAUGAAUUCCUUAAAUGAAAAGUUGGAAAAACAAAUCCAAGAACUGAAAACAAAAGUUAGGGAGCAGCAAUUCUCAUUGGAUGAGCAAAAUGAAACAAGUUCAAUAAUGUUGAAAGAGCUACAAUUGUUGCUUGCAGAGGAACGCCAUAAGGUUUCAAAGCAGCAUUCGCGGAUAACUGAUCUUGAAAAUACUUUGUCAAACGAACGUGCAUUAAAAGCAGAGGCUCUGAAGUAUCAGUCGAAAGUAGCGUCGCUGGAAAAAGAACUAGAGGAUGUAGCCGUUAGGCUUAAAUCUUCGGAAAAUAAAGCAAACGAGACGCCACAAAUGAUAACUGAAAUGCAAAAAGAAAUACAAGAAGUCAGAGCUUCUAACAAAGUGGCGCUUCUGGCAGAACAGAAAAAAGCACGAGAGGCGGAACUGCGCGCACAGUCAGUGGAGGAAAACGCUGAAGAGCGAAUAUGCAAUUUAGAAUCGAAACUGUCGCAAUUCACUGAUACUUUAUCACAUUAUGAAUCUGGUCGGGUUGAGAGUAUAAAUGCGAUUAACAGUCUUAAAGACAGAGUUGCGCAGCUGGAUCUUGAAAAUGCGUUGUUGUCUCAAGCAAUGGGUAAGAACCAAACUGAUUCUAAUUUGAGUGUGGAAGCAAUUGAAGUUGAACUUCAGAGGUACAAGGAGUUAUACAAGGUCGCGCGAGCGAAAGCUGGCUUAAGUGUUUUGGAUGAACUCAACGAAGAUAUUAAUAACGAAAGUACUUACCGGUCCUCUUACGAAAAAACCGUUGCGGAAUUAGGACAACUGAAAGAAGAAUUUGAGCGUUACAAAACGCGCGCCCAAAAUUUGCUGCGAAACAAAGUAAGAGAUGGUGAAAACGCUGAAAUUGAGAAGCUCAAAGCAAAUAUAAGGGCCUUAAAAGGUGAUCUAAACGCAUUGCAUGACAAAAAUACGAAGCUUGAAGAUGAAUUAAAGAAUACAAGGUCAAAGUAUGAAAUGCAAAUGAAGGUUUUGAAGCAAGAGAAUGGUUCUGAGUCUGAAAAAAGAGAAAAUGAGCAUAAAUACACUCUUAAAGAGUUGGAAGAAGCACUGGUCAAGCAACGAGAACGGAUGCGUGGUUUAUUGGCAGAAAAAGAAAAGGAAAUAAUUGACUUGCAUCAGAAUCGUGGUAGCUCGUAUCCUAUGGAAAAGUUGAAUGUUAAAACGGGGAGUAAUGAUAGUAUUGAUACCUUAAACGAUUCGGUUUUUGCUGCCGCGUCAAGCCCUUCAAGUAGUGGACCUCAAAUGACUAUGCACUUUCGGGAAAUGAUGGCGCGAAAAGACGCAGAGAUAAAACAAGCACGUAACGAGCGCGUGGAAGCUCAGAACAUGCUGAAGUCUUUGACUGAAAACUCAAUGAUGAAAGAAAUGAAAUAUCAAGAAGAAAUCGAAAGUUUGAACUGCCGUAUUAACAUGCUGAAACUUCGUGAGUCGAGAGAAGGAAGCAACAUUGAGUACGUCAAAAAUGUGAUGCACCGAUUUUUGCUGUGUACUUCGGCCUCAGAUGGCAGAAACAGUAUGUUAGAUGCCCUUUUGACCGCUCUUCAUUUUACAACAUCGGAACAGCUAGCUGUGAAAAAAGCUCAAGGCAUUUCGACUUCAUCUUGGUUUGCGUAAAAAGGCUUAGUAGGCUUAAAGUGCUGUUUGUGUAAUGAUCUACCACAAAACAAUUUAACAUUUGCUGGGCUGCGGCCUUCAUAUUUUAGUUUAAAUCAAUCUGAUGAUUACGCUUGAGU